UUCAAUUUUGCCUCCUUAAAGCAACAAUGAGCGGCUGUCGUGUAUUCAUUGGACGUCUGAACCCUUCCGCCAGGGAGAAAGAUGUUGAAAGGUUUUUCAAAGGAUACGGUCGCAUCAGAGAUAUUGACCUAAAAAGAGGAUUUGGCUUUGUGGAAUUCGAGGAUUCCAGAGAUGCUGAUGAUGCAGUUUAUGAACUUGAUGGCAAGGAACUUUGUAGUGAGAGAGUUACAAUAGAACAUGCAAGACUUCGUUCAAGAGGCGGUGGUGGUGGAGGAGGAAGGGGUAUUGGCAGGGGGAGAUACAAUGACAGAUUUAGUAGCCGCCGUCCACGUGGUGACAGAAGUGCACCACCCAUUAGGACUGAAAACCGCCUCAUUGUUGAAAAUCUCUCGUCCAGAGUCAGCUGGCAGGAUUUAAAAGACUUCAUGAGACAAGCUGGAGAAGUAACAUUUGCUGAUGCGCACAGACCAAAGCUUAACGAAGGGGUGGUUGAGUUUGCAUCAUACAGUGACCUGAAAAAUGCUAUAGAUAAACUUUCUGGCAAAGAGAUCAAUGGCAGAAAAAUCAAGCUGAUUGAAGGCAACAAACGGCACAGUAGGUCAAGGAGCAGGUCUCGCUCCCGUAGCCGAAGCUCAUCCCGUUCUCGCAGUCGUUCCCGCUCCAGAAGCCGAAAGUCUUACAGCCGUUCCCGUAGCCGCAGUCGUACCCCUCGUAGCCCUCGCAGCCCACGCAGCAACCGUAGCAAAUCCAGGUCUGCUAGUAGGUCUCCCGUGCCAGAGAAGAAACAGAAGGGUGGCUCUAAAAGUCCAUCUAAAUCCCCAGCUUCUGUUGAUCGCCAAAGGUCGAGGUCAAGGUCUCGGUCUCGUUCUCGGUCGGUUGAUAGCAGAAACUGAACAUUUACCGUCCUUUUCCAUCCUUCUUGAACACCCCCCCACCACCCAAAAAAAUAAAUACUUGCUGACUUGCGGUAAGUAUGUGACUUGGUUGAGUGCAGGAUUCAGCAGUGACAUUUUAAAACCAUGAGGACAUCGAUACUGCUUCCUGGUUCCAUAUUGUAUAGUUUGUAAGUGCUGUUUUUUUUUUUUUUUUCCCUUCCCCCAACAUUUGUAAAUAUUUUUAUUUUUGGAGGGGUUUUGUCUGAGGCCCCAAAUGGCUGUACAUAAAGCAUCGAUUCA